UAAAGUAUAUACAUGUGUAUUAUGUGAAUAUAUGGAGAGAAAAAUAGCCUAAUAUUAAAAUAAAAUAAAAUUUUAACGUAAAAAACUUAUAACUUGAAAAUAUAAACUGGUGAUAAGCAAAUUAUAUAUUUCGUACAUAUACUGUUAGCAGUUACGAAAUAGUUUGCCUGACAUGUCUGCCUUAAAGGGUAAACACCAUGGAAACGAUCAUGAUGACUUCAAAGUCACAGAUGAGCUCAUACAUCAUUUCGAGGAGUUCUGCACACUAGCUGGGUCAAAAGAUCCCAAAAUUAUGACAACAAAGGCAAGUGGCAAGUUGGUUGAUGAUUGCCUUUCAGAUCUUAAAAAAUAUGACGCGAAAGCCAUAUGUGAUGCCAGCGUGUUCCCCUACUGUAAAGAGCACGGGAAACCUCACAUGGUGGUCAACAAAGAUAACGUGGAGAAAUUUGUUAAUAAAUUCGCCCAUGAAAUUGCUAAACGCAAAACAUCUAACAACAAGAUCGAUGACAAAGACCCCGAAGUACUUGCACUAAAGAAAACAAUUUGUAACUGCAUAACCAAAGAAAAACCCCAUGUGCAUGAGAUUAAAGAAUCAGCAACAGGGAAUGUAAAGGGUCUAACAGAUGCAUCUAAAUUCACGGGGACAAGCAAAGCACGCUUUGACAAGGAUGGAAAAGGAAAGGGAAAAGAGGCACAUGAUUACGUUCCAGAAGACUCCGGUUAUGUGUGUGGUUAUAAGGGUCAAGGAACAUAUGAUUCCAGCCAUUAAUUAACAAAAACAUAAUAUUUUGCUUAUGGUGAUUUGAGCGGCGGCGAACUUGUUAUUCUAAUGAAGUAGAAAGUAAAUAGGCAUAGAAACGUGAACUGUUCAUGUUGUGUCGCUUGACAUUUAGUUGAACUGGGAUAUGGACUAAAUUUGAUUUUGAACACAUUUUGUUUUGUUUAUUUUAAACACACUUAAACUUUAUUUGAAUACUUUUAUGUCCUUAGCUUAAAAUAAACUAUACAUAUAUAUCUGAUUGGUACACGUGUUUAUUGUUUUUUUUGUGUUUUGGUUGUUUGUUUUUUUGUAACUGGAAUCAGGGUCUCUCAAAUAUUUGUAAGACCCUGCUGGAAUAUACAUGUAUAUGAUUGAAAUAGCUUUUUGCAGGUGAUAUUUAAAAUGAUUGAAAGUCUUUUUUAUCCGUUACCUUUUGCUGCUUAUACGUGAAAUAUAUGUGAUUGAAAUGCAUUCGUUAUGUUUACUUUAUAAAAAUUUGAUAAGAAUAUAUUUUUCUUUGUUAACUUGAAAUAUAUAAUUCGAAUGCAAAACUGUUCCAUUGACUUAUUGUCAGGUACAUUUUUCUUUGAUUACUUGCAUCAUAUUUGAUCAGAAUAAUUUCUACAACCGUUACCAUUUAAAUAUGAGCAUAUGUACAUUUCUUUCCACGUGGUUUUAUAUGUUGAUAAAAUACAAAAUUGGUAAAACUU